GCUGCCGCUGUCCUUAGGCGUUGUAACCGGCAGCCGCGGCCCAGGGGGUGCCGGUGGAGCGGCGCUGGGCGCUCCGCUCCGCUGACGCUCGCUCCGGCCGAUCCCGGCUCAUCCCGGCCCUUCCCAGCCCGGAGCUGCCGCUUCCCGGGGGGCGGAACCUUCGCGCGGGGCGCCGCCGCCCGGAACCUUUGGGCGGAGCAGCGAGCGCCGCACGGACGGAGGAAGCGCCGGACGCGCCGCCGCUGCCGGGCCCUCGCUGCUGCCGCCGGCUUUUGCUCCGCUUCUUCCUCCUGCUCUUCCUCCUCCUCUCCUUCCUCCUCCUCCUCCCGCUGCUCGUCCCGCCCCGCGUCCCCGAGAGCCGCCUCACGAGCUGGCAGGAGGAUGGUGCACGCCGAGGCGUUCUCGCGGCCCCUGAGCAGGAAUGAGGUGGUGGGGCUCAUCUUCCGCCUCACCAUCUUUGGGGCUGUCACCUACUUCACCAUCAAGUGGAUGGUGGAUGCCAUUGACCCCACCAGGAAGCAGAAAGUGGAAGCCCAGAAGCAGGCUGAAAAGCUGAUGAAGCAAAUAGGAGUGAAGAAUGUCAAGCUGACUGAGUAUGAGAUGAGCAUUGCUGCCCACCUGGUGGACCCACUCAGCAUGCAUGUCACCUGGAGUGAUAUUGCAGGCUUAGAUGAUGUCAUCACAGAUUUGAAAGACACUGUCAUUUUGCCCAUCAAGAAGAAAUACUUGUUUGAGAAUUCCAGGCUCUUACAGCCCCCAAAAGGAGUCCUCCUGUAUGGCCCCCCUGGAUGUGGGAAAACCCUGAUUGCCAAAGCUACAGCCAAGGAAGCCGGGUGUAGGUUCAUCAACCUCCAGCCCUCCACGCUGACAGAUAAAUGGUAUGGAGAAUCCCAAAAACUGGCUGCUGCUGUCUUCUCCCUGGCCAUAAAGCUCCAGCCAUCCAUCAUCUUUAUUGAUGAAAUAGAUUCCUUCCUGCGGAACCGAUCGAGCACCGACCACGAGGCCACAGCCAUGAUGAAAGCCCAGUUCAUGAGCCUGUGGGAUGGGCUGGACACUGACUACAACUGCCAGGUGAUUGUGAUGGGAGCCACCAACAGGCCCCAGGACCUGGACUCUGCCAUCAUGAGGAGGAUGCCCACCCGCUUCCACAUCAACCAGCCUGCUCUGAAGCAAAGAGAGGCAAUCUUGAAGCUGAUUUUGAAGAAUGAAAAUGUGGACAGCCAGGUGGAUCUGCUGCAGGUGGCCAAGGAGACCGACGGCUUCUCGGGCAGCGACCUGAAGGAGAUGUGCCGGGACGCGGCGCUGCUGUGCGUGCGGGAGUACGUCAACAGCGCCUGCGAGGAGGACGUGCACGAUGAAGAUGAGAUCCGGCCCGUGCAGCAGCAGGAUCUCCACAGGGCCAUCGAGAAGAUGAGGAAAUCCAAGGAUGUCUCCAUGCAGAACCUGGCCAUGGAGAUCGUGUUUGAUUAAGACAAAAGAGUGUGUUUGCAGUUCCUGAUGUGAUUUAGUUUGACUUCUGUAAUCAGUUAGCAAAACCAGUGUCAGGGGGGUGGCAAAGGGAGUUCUACAUUUUUAUACAACAACAACCUCUAAGUUAUUGCAAUUCCAACUGGAAGUGGAAGCACAGAUCAUGAGUGGAACAAUUCAGCCCAGACCAAGAGCGAGUGCCUGUGUGUUGUCCCUAGGGAUCCCUUGGAGCCUUCCAGCAGGAGUGGGUGGUCCUGGGGAAGGGGCAGGACCUGGCACGGGCUGUGUGUGUACAGAUGGGUGUGUGAAUGCAAGACCUGUACAUAGCCACACUUUUUUUUAUAUGUAGACAUAAUCUGUAGAUAACUUGAGUAUGGAAAAUCUUUUCUACUUCCUGAAGCAAACCAAAUCCGAAGCUGCAUAGGGGAAAGAUUCCUCAAUACUCAGUUCACUUCUACCUUUUAGCAGCAAAUGCCAGGAUAGAAACUGCUCCUAGAACAAAGCAACAUUUGAAAUGCUACUGAUUUUUCUUCCACAUGACCACUUGAAAUCUGGUGCCAUUUAGUCAAGAUAGUAAACUACUCUGUAAGAAUGUUUGAAUACUUUUAAUUUUUUUAUGAAUUCUGCUUUUGAAGGCUUUUUAAAUGAAGGCUGAUUUUAUUUUUGGUUUUCCCUUCCCAUGAGCAGCUAGACUAGAAUCCCACUUGCUCUUCCCUAAAGCCCCACGUCCUCUGAGCUCUCUGGAGCCUGAGCUUUCUGAGCUCCUGUGCACUGUCCCAAGGACUUGCUUCUCCCUCGGUCUCUGGAAGCCCCACUGUGGCACUGUCCCCUGAAGGCACAGGGGGGACACUGUGUGAUGUUUGACUCUGUCCCAUGCUCAGUUCUAUGAAUUUAAAGAGAAGGAAAUGGGUUUUGGGCUUAUUGCUGUGGUUUAGCAACGUGCUGUCCUUGCUGGUACCAGUUCUGGUGAAUUCUUGUAACGUUCUGUUGCGAUAAAGGCCAAGGGUUACAAAUGUGAGUGACAAAAAUGUUUUGUUUGGGGUUUUUUUUGUGAAGUUAUUGUCAGACAGUCAAGAACUUGAGUUUUUUUCAUAUAGUGCUAUUGUGUACUAAUUGACCCCAAAUCUGUAAAGGGAAUUAAUUGUUCAAAGCCCAGGGGUGGGAUGCUGUGUCACAGCUCUGCUGCCUGCGAGGGGAGGGAAACAUUGGAGGCACAGAAUGAUGUAAAACCAAAUGCACUGCAAAGAAAAAUAAAGUGAAAUAAGGAGGGCUGGAGCCCUGCCGUGACACAGUGUCAGGGGCUGGUGAGAGUGUCCCUCAAGCUCAGCCUGCUCCCUGUUGUCCUGCCCUCUGGAAUGUUGCCUGGUUGAUGCAGCAGGGCUGAGUUUGUCCCAGUUUCAAUUUGUCCCAAUUUUCCAAUCUUCAAACAGAAGGAAGAUGGAGGAUAAAAAUAAUUGAAUAAUUGCUUAGACUUCUUCCCUGUAUCACAAAGCAAUGGGAAAUGCACAGUGCUGUAACAAAAGGGUGCAGGAAUUUAGGCACAGCAGAACUGGUGGGCUAUGGAAAUGGGAAAAGUCCAGGAUUUGGGAUGUUAAUCCCACAAGUCACUUUAGAGCUGGGGCUGAGUGCCCAGUGCUGGCUCUGGCUGAGCCUGGGAUUCAGGAAUGAAUCCAGAGGAGGCUCCAGGAUGCUCAGAGAGAUGGAGCAGCUCUGCUGGGAGAGCUGGGAUUGUUCACCCUGGAGAGGAGAAGCUCUGGGGUGACCCAACUGUGGCCUUGCAGUGCCUGAAGGAGCUACAGGAGAGAUGGAGAGAGACUCUACAAGGGAUGGAGGGACAGGACACAGGGAAUGGCUCCCCACUGCCAGAGGGCAGGGAUAGGUGGGAUAUUGGGAAGGAAUUGUUCCCUGGGAGGGUGGAGAGAUCCUGAAGCUGUGGCUGCCCCUGGAUCCCUGAAGUGUCCAAGGCAGGCUGGACAGGGCUUGGAGCCACCUGGGGUAGUGGAAAGUGUCCCUGCCCAUGGCACAGAGUGGCACUGGAUGGACUUUGAGGUCCCUUCCAACCCAAACCAUUCUGGGAUUCCAUGAGGAACCUUAAACCUGGCACUGGUGCUCCUUCUGGAAUCCCUGGGAAGGCUGGAAUGGCGCCUGUGCCAGGGAAGUUCUCCAGGUGCUCCGUGUGCUCAGGGGCUGCUCUCCCCCUGCCGUGCUCCCCGCCCCUCUCCGGGGUUGUUCCACCUGAGAAAUCCCAGCCUGGGAAGCUCCUCCUGCACAUCCUGCCUUUUCCAGGCUGCUCCCUGCUCGGUGAAACCCCAGCGCGGGCAGGUCUUGAUUGGCUUUAAUGAGAGUGAAGUGUGUCCUCGGGGGGUUUAACGCCCCACGGAGGAGCAGAACAGACCCGGGGCAGCCCCUGGGCACUGCCUGAGCUCUGAUCUCCUGCCUGGAUCUCCACAACCCUGGCUCUGGGCACCGCAGCCUGGAGCUGCCUUCCCUGCAGCCCAUAACUCCUCAGGGCCGACUGAGGAGGCACCAGGAGUUAUUUCUGAUUGCUCCUGGGGGCACUUACUGCAGCUGGAGUGCAAUUCCUGCUUCUCCAGGAACUCUUCCAUACUUGUCUAUCCUUGUCAAGGCACAAACCUUCCGGCAGCUUCCUCGAAAUGCCCGGGUUUGGAAUGUAGCUGCUUUAACUCCAUGGUCCAACCCUCUGCCUCUCUGAAGGGGGGAAGAGCCUGAUCCCUCUCCCACAGCUCCAGGGACAGCAGAGCACUGCCGAGGCUGAGCAAAGUUCCACCCAAAAAUCACCAAAUGAGAGCUACUUACACAUAUAAAUAUUUAUUGGUACUAAAAGUGAGUGUUUCGUAGAGUAUCGAGAUCAGCAGAUAUUAAAUCAUGAGAUGCAUCAGUCGAGGUACAAAUUCCAGUCUCAUGUCUUUAAUAAAUAGACUAUAAACCCCCCAAGUUCACGUGUUUUAAUCAGAAGUAAUCAGGACACUACGCUGGUUUAAAAUGAUAACACAACAUCUGUGUUUUGCUGUGACCACCUGGAUUGACUGGGGGAGGGGGGCAGGUUUCAACACUGGGUUAUUUCAUGAUGAACUGCAACAGUGCUGUUUCACUCAAAAAUCCUAAAUGGGAAUAUCCCUUUUGCUUCCUGCCAGAGGGCCUGGCUGGAUGAGGCUGGUGCUGGUGCACUGUCAGCUCCCACAGAGGCUGCAGCGUUUGCCUUGGGGUAAAGCACAGCUUUGCUCCAAAUACUUAAAAAAUUACUUAAAAACCACCCAAAAA